CUCCGCGGAGCCCGGGCAGCCUCUCCGCGCUCAUGGCUCUCUCCGGUCUGCAGCUGCGGGCCGUGCUCCGCCUUUCCCCGGCCCGCAGCAUCCUCUUGCCCGGCCCGGGGCUCCGGAACUACGCUAAGAAGGCCGGGGGUGCAAAGAUCAGAGGGAAAGGCGCGGCUAAAGAAAACAUGAAGGGUCCCGAAGUCUGCAAAGACGCCACGAUUCUCACCACACACGCCGUGGGGGUCAACAUCUACAAGGAAGGCCCAGAGGUAGCUUUGAAGCCGGAUUCGGAAUAUCCCGAAUGGCUUUUCCAGAUGUACCUCGGCCCCCCCAAGAAGCUGGAGGAGCUCGACCCGGAGACCCACGAAUAUUGGCGGAAGCUGCGGAAGCUGAACGUGUGGCAGGAAAACAAACUCAAGAAGGUCCGGUCGUUUUGAUGCGGAGAGCUGUGAAAGCAUUCGGGUGGCUGCAGGCGAAGGACGUUGUUUUCUAUUUUUUAUGUCUCGCUUUGGUGUAAAAGUUGGCCAAUAAAAACCUCGACCCUG